GAAUUUAAAUGACAGAAAAGUCAAUAUGGAAUGGCAUUCCCUUUGGAGGAAUCUUCGCCACUCAAUGGAGAGCAAAGAGUUUCCAUCAUUGGAUCAGUUCCUGGAGAAGGCAUCCAAACGACUCCAGAGACGACCAGUGAAUCUCCGGUGACGACCACUUUGACGCCAACCACCGAAGAGUCUCCGGUGACCACCGAAGACAGUGAUAAGAAAUUGGAUGACAUUGAGGGCCAAAACAAUGAGAAUUCAGGCCUUAUUAUAGCCAAUGCUGACGACGAGGACGACAGGAAUGGAGAGACGGGCGAAGAAAAGACGAACCCAAGACUCGUAUUCAUCGAGAGACUAAUGGGUCUUCACUUAACCGCUCCUCUCAAUGGCCAGAAGGAGGCCGAGAGAGACGACAACAGCGCCGUCGACUCCGAGCCACAGAUGCCCUUCAGUAUGGAUGGGUCACGAAAUCCGUUCGACAAAGUGAACGCCAAAUGGUCCACAAGAAUGAGAAAGUUCUCGAUCCCACUCUUACAACAACAGCAACAGUUCACACCUCCAGAAACACCCAACCCUUUGCUCAGAGUGGCCGCCGCGGCGAUGAUGACCCGACUCCUGGCCGCUGCCGCUCGGGCUCACAAUAAUGGUCCAAUGAUGGGUAAAGACAAAGAUGACGAAGGUGAAGAUGAAACGGUUCCCAUUUUGUUGGCCAGUAUGCGAUCGGAUGACAAUAGAGAGCCUCCGAUGUACGGCCGACCAAUGCCCAGACCACCGAUGAUGAGACCCCCGAUGAGACCGCCGAUCAAAAUCAUUGGUCAACCGCAGCAAAGGAUGGGUUCCGUUAAUAUUCCUCAACGCAUAUAUUCGGCACAAAUGAUUCCUCAAAGGUCUCCAGUCGUACAGCAGAGAGCACUUCCACCGUAUCAGCCGGUGAUCGUCAUGUUGGCUCACGUACCCAUGCAAAUGGCUGAGUCACGUAUGGGCGCCUCUCAAGAGCGAUAUAACGAUUUGGGGCCCUAUUAUGCCUCUCAACCACAACAGCAUUCAAUGCCAAUUUACCCACAAGUGCCGUACGCUCUCCCCAUCGGAUACCAUCCGAUGCAGCGACAAAUGGGACAAAUGGAAAUGCCCACUCCUGUCCACAUUCCCAUUCCCGUCGCUUCAUAUCAUAGACCUGUAUAUCAAUCUCCAUAUCAAUCAUAUCAAAGGGAACCAAAUCAAUAUCAAUCUCAAUACCCGUCUCAAUAUCAGAGACAAUCGUCGAGACCUGUGAUAGAGAUUCCGAUUGAGAUCCCGAUCCCAGUGCACGUUCCGAGCGCAACCAAAUUGAAACUCUGGCGCGAAUACGUCGGCGCCAAACACGCGGCCCAACCCGGCGUCCGAUACAUACCGGUGGCCGUCAAUACGGCCGACGACUCGCAGACACUGCCCGCCGGUAAUCACGAUAACAGCGAUAGUCAACCAAAUCAAGACCAGUCGGAAGCGAUGGCUGAAUCACAUUCACAGCCGGCUUUUGUUAUAUUGACUGAUGACAGUCCAGAUGGUCAGCCCAUCGACGCACCACAACAUCACUGA